CGGCAGCUUGUUGAUUUCAGAGCUGGUGAAUUUCACAUUGUUUCCACUUCACUUUCCUCGCUCUAGGGGAGGAUUGGGUUGGCGCUACGGCCGCUGUCGCUGCUGCCAGCGAGGGCUAGGGGAGGGCAAGGACCUGCAGUAGCAGGGCCGGCGUGGGGCCGCAGGAAAGGGUGCUGGGGCCACACACGCACCCUCGCUGCAGUCCGGCUCCUUCCGAAGCCGGGACGCCCGGAGCGCACCCAGCAGGGACCGCCCGCCUAGACGCCCGCCCUCCAGCCCGCCCACGGGCUGAGGCCAGAGCCUGGGAGCCGGCGAGGGGUGGAGGCCCAGGGGGGCGGGGUGGGGGGCGGGGGUGGGUGCCGCCGCCGCCGCGGAGCUGCUACUCGGCGCGUUUUGCAUGAAGAUGGCGGCUCCCACCGCCAGCAAGGCAGCCUCCUUGGGCUGUAACAACAAGCCUACGUUCCCGGAGCUGGAUUUCAGGUCCGGGGCUCGGGUGGAGGAAUUGAACAAACUCAUCCAAGAAUUCACGAAGCACGACCAGCGGGAAUACGACGACCAGAGAGCGCUGGAGAUUCACACAGCCAAGGAUUUCAUCUUUUCCAUGCUGGGAAUGGUGCAAAAGCUGGACCAAAAACUUCCAGUGGCCAAUGAGUACCUGCUGCUCUCUGGAGGAGUCCGGGAAGGCGUGGUGGACCUGGACUUAGAUGAGCUUAAUAUCUAUGCCCGGGGGACCGACUACGAUAUGGACUUUACCCUUCUGGUGCCAGCCCUUAAGCUGCAUGACCGUAACCAGCCUGUGACACUCGAUAUGCGCCACUCAGCCUUGUGCCACUCUUGGCUGAGCCUCCGGCUCUUUGAUGAGGGCACGAUCAGUAAAUGGAAAGACUGCUGCACCAUUGUGGAUCACAUCAAUGGUGCCACCAACUACUUCUUCUCCCCAACCAAAGUGGCCGACUGGUUCUAUGACUCCAUCAGCAUCGUCCUGUCAGAGAUACAGAAGAAACCCCAGCGAGGUAUGCCCAAGGUGGAGAAGGUAGAAAAGAACGGGACCAUCAUCUCCAUCAUUCUGGGUGUGGGCAGCAGUCGCAUGUUGUACGAUAUUGUCCCUGUGGUGUCUUUCAAGGGCUGGCCUGCGGUGGCCCAGAGCUGGCUCAUGGAGAACCACUUUUGGGAUGGGAAGAUCACUGAGGAGGAGGUCAUCAGUGGGUUUUACUUGGUGCCUGCUUGCUCCUACAAGGGCAAGAAGGACAAUGAGUGGCGGCUGUCCUUUGCUAGGAGUGAGGUGCAGUUGAAGAAGUGCAUCUCUAGCAGCCUCAUGCAAGCUUACCAGGCCUGCAAAGCCAUCAUUAUUAAACUCUUGUCGCGGCCGAAGGCGAUUAGCCCCUAUCACCUCCGGAGCAUGAUGCUCUGGGCCUGCGACAGACUUCCUGCCAACUACUUGGCUCAAGAAGACUAUGCCGCCCACUUUCUGCUGGGCCUCAUCGAUGACCUGCAACACUGUCUGGUCAACAAGAUGUGUCCCAACUAUUUCAUCCCUCAGUGCAACAUGCUGGAGCACCUGUCGGAGGAGACGGUCAUGCUGCAGGCGCGGAAGCUGUCCUCCGUCCGCUCAGACCCCGCGGAGCACUUGCGCACCGCCAUUGAGCACGUCAAAGCCGCCAACCGGCUGACGCUGGAGCUCCAGAGGCGAGGGAGCACCACCAGCAUCCCCUCCCCGCAGUCAGACGGAGGGGACCCCAACCAGCCUGAUGACCGUUUGGCCAAAAAACUGCAGCAGCUAGUGACUGAGAACCCGGGGAAGUCCAUCUCAGUCUUUAUUAACCCUGAUGAUGUCACGAGGCCCCACUUCAGAAUUGAUGAUAAAUUUUUCUGAGCAUUUUGCUGCCUUCUGCCCCCACCUCUGGUUCUAAAACGCUCAUCACGUGUCGUGUGGUUUGUGAGCUGUCUUUCCGUUUUUUUACAUGUCCAGCCUAGACUGGAUCUGUUAAGAACACAUUGUAAGUCCCCUGUUUCUGCAGGAUGGCGCAGGCUCUGAAACAGUAUAUUACUAUUUCAUACUCUGCCUCUGGUUUUGUUUACUUUUUGUAGUUAUCGUCACAUGGUUAGUUUUUGUUUUUUUAAGGAGAACUUGAGCCAUAGGCGAAGAUGCCCAUGAAUUCCCUUGCUUUUUGCUAUAUCAGACUUUGUGCAAAUUUGUUAAUGGGAAUGGGGAAACAGACCUCUUUCUGACACAUAAGGAUGCUGUUAUUUUUUUUAAAUUUUGUUUUGUUUUUUAUUUUUUUAAAUUAGCCUUCAUCGCUACAGGUAUUUGCAAAUCAUCUGAACAUGGGAACUACCUGGUAUAUUAGCUGGAUCGAAUUCUUUUGCCCAGUGGUCAGAGUCGUUUCCCCUUUUCCAACAAGCAAUGUAGACUUUGAAAGUGAAAAUGCUACAAAUUCCAUUUUGGAGCAACUUCAUUGAAUGUAAUUGUCCUCAAAUCAGAACUUUGGAGGUUUGGAGGGUGUGUUUGAUAACUUUCCAAACAGAAUUAAGGUUUCCAAAUGGUAGUUUUAGUGUGUGUAAUUAUUUGAAGCCUUAUUUAAUCCUUGUUAAAGAACAUACCAUUAUAAUUGUUAUUUGCACUAAUGAAAUUUUUGCCAUUGUCAGAGUUCCAAUGUGUGUGUUUCAAUAUAAUUUGAUGUCUGUUGGAAUGUGAUCUUUUUUUCCCCCCAUGUAGCCCAUUUCUCUGAAGCACUGGAAUGAUUCUUCACAUUUGUUUAGCUGUCCUUUAAUCCUGCUCCUGUUUUACCCUCUUUGAUAUUCUGGUUCCUAUCUUACUGAGAGAAGUUUUUAAAGCUUUAUACCUGCUGGGUGACUUUAUCUGAAACUGGGAAAAUGAUAUACUUGAUAGAAUAGGUGUCUUUGUAUGCAUUUCUUUGGGGGUGACAGAGGUAAGCCUUUUUGUAAAGUCUCUUUGCUUCUACUGAGAGUUUUGAGGAAAACUGGCAGGAAGCAUUCAUAAGCCCCAUGCAGAAGACACCGUGCCUGUCCCAAAGCAGGUUUUGCUACAAAGCAGGAGCCAGGACACAUCUGUGGGCAGCAGCCUUGGUGCAGAGCCAUCCCGUCUUCACGAAUGGACUUUCCUGCCAGUUUUAGGUGACAGUUUUAAAGGCAUUGAUUCCCUUUUCGUAUGGAGUCAUUGCCAGCCGUGGUAUUUGAGAGGUCAGGGGACUGCUGAUCUCUCAAAGAAUGACCGGGAUGUCUACUGUUGAAAAGGUCAAGCAACAUUUUGGUUUUGAUCUUGAAUGUCCAGACUUAGAGGUUCGCUUGAAACUGGGCGUAUGCGGUCUUGGGUUUUUGCAUGGGAAUUAAUGUAAAUGUUUAUAAAUGAAAACAAAAUCAUUCACCCAUCUUAAGUCAAACACAAAAAUGAUCAUAAUAAAAGGAACAUACUGA